AUGUCGGUGCAGGCGCUGCUGCUGGACAUGGACGGCGUGCUGGCCGAGGUGUCGCAGUCCUACCGCCAGGCCAUCAUGGACACGGCGCGCCACUUCGGCGUGAGCGUCACGCACGAGGACAUCGACCAGCAGAAGCUGGCGGGCAACGCCAACAACGACUGGCAGCUGACGCACCGCCUCGUGCUCGCGGGCCUGGGCUCGGCGGACUCCGCGUCCGCGCCCUCGCUGGAGGCCGUGACGGCCCAGUUCGAGGCGCUCUACCAGGGCGUGGGCACGACCGCCGGCCUGUGCGAGCUCGAGACGCUGCUCACGCCCAAGGGCCUGCUGCGCGAGCUGCACCGCCGCCUGCCCAAGGGCAUGGCCGUGGUCACGGGCCGCCCGCGCAAGGACUGCGCCAAGUUCCUGCGCGCGCACGGCAUCGAGGACCUGUUCCCCGUGCAGAUCUGCAUGGAGGACUGCCCGCCCAAGCCGUCGCCCGAGCCCAUCCUGCUGGCGCUCAAGGCGCUGGGCGUGGGCGCCGAGCACGCGGCCAUGGUGGGCGACACCGUGGACGACAUCAUCGCCGGCCGCAAGGCCGGCACGAUCGCGUACGGCGUGCUGACCCCGCAGGUGUUCGCCAAGUCGGUGCUGGAGCAGACGCCCACGGCCAUCGGCAAGGCGCUCGAGCAGGUUGGGGCCUCCGUGGUGCUGAACCCCGGCCUCGCCGAGCUGCUGGACCUGAUCCCGCCUGUGGAUGCCGCGGCGGGCAAGACCCCGGCCGCGAACGGCAAGAGCGGCACGCGCGAGGCCAACAUCUCCCGCGUCACGAAGGAGACGUCUAUUAACGUCAAGCUGUCGCUGGACGGCACGGGCAAGUCCAAGGUGAGCUCGGGCAUCGGCUUCUUGGACCACAUGCUGACGGCGCUGGCCAAGCACAGCCGCUUCGACCUGGAGCUCGAGUGCAAGGGCGACACGUGGAUCGACGACCACCACACCACGGAGGACUGCGCGCUGACGCUGGGCGAGGCCUUCGACGCUGCGCUGGGCGACCGCGCGGGCAUCGCCCGCUUCGGAUCCGCGUGCGUGCCGCUCGACGAGGCGCUGUCCCGUGCUAUCGUGGACAUUUCCAGCCGCGCGCACAGCGAGAUCAACCUGCAGCUGGUGCGCCCGAGCGUGGGCGAGCUCUCGUGCGAGAUGAUCACGCACUUCUUCGAGUCGUUCGCGAGCGCCGCGCGGCUGACGCUGCACGUGGACGUGCUCCGCGGCCGCAACGACCACCACCGCGCCGAGGCGUCCUUCAAGGCGCUGGCGGUCGCGCUGCGCACUGCCGUCAAGCACGACGCCACAGCCGGCGUGCCCAGCACCAAGGGCGUUCUGGCAUAA